AUGGACGAGACGGCAGACGGUGCUGCACAACGGAGGAGCUCAAAACCAAAAUACAUGGAGCACCUGCAGCGCGUAGCAGAUAGACAGGUCGACAACAUCCUGAUCGAUCUAGACGACCUGAAACAGUACGAGAAGGCUUUGGAAGACAGCGGCGCAUCGCUCAAGCUGGUGUCGUCAAUUGAGCGCAACGCACACCACUACAUUGAAAUCUUGUCGCGCGCCGUCGACAAGCUCAUGCCGCCAGCCAGCUCCGAUGUCAGCUUCAAGGACGAUGUCAUCGAUGUCAUCCUCACUCAACGACAGAACGCGAACCGUGUCAUGCAACAGGCCCUCGAAGAUGGCAACGACCCCAAUGCCAGCGAAUCCUUCUUCCCUCCUGCCCUCACCCGCCGUUACACUCUCAACUUCAAGCCCGUCACCCCUUCCGAGUCCAGCGAUGGAAAGAGCAGCAAAGCAAUGGCUGUCCGUCAAGUCCGUGGUGAGCACCUGGGCCACCUCAUCACAGUCCGCGGUAUCGCAAUCAGAGUCUCGGAUGUCAAGCCUGCCGUUCAGGUCAACGCCUACUCUUGCGAUCGCUGUGGUCAGGAAGUCUUCCAGCCCGUCACCACAAAACAGUACACCCCCAUGGUCCAAUGCCCUUCGGACGCCUGUCAAAAGAACAACGUCAAGGGUCAACUCUUGCACUCGACACGCGCCUCCAAAUUCCUUGCUUUCCAAGAAGUCAAGAUCCAGGAAAUGUCCGACCAAGUUCCCGUCGGCCACAUUCCCCGUCAACUGACCGUCUACUGCCACGGCUCCUUGGCUCGCCAAAUUAACCCAGGUGAUGUCGUCGAUAUUGCUGGCAUUUUCCUUCCCACUCCCUACACUGGCUUCAAGGCUAUCAAGGCUGGCCUCCUGACCGACACAUAUCUCGAGGCUCAAUAUGUCCAUCAACACAAGAAGGCCUACGAAUCCAUGGUUCUGGCUCCUAGCACUGUGCGCCGUAUGGCUGACUUGGAGCAGUCUGGCCAACUCUACGAAUACCUGAGCAGAUCCAUUGCUCCUGAAAUUUUCGGCCACCUCGAUGUCAAAAAGGCUCUCCUUCUGCAACUGAUCGGUGGUGUGACCAAAGAGAUGGGUGAUGGUAUGCGCAUUCGUGGUGACAUCAAUGUCUGCUUGAUGGGUGAUCCUGGUGUUGCCAAAUCACAGUUGCUCAAGUACAUCACAAAGGUUGCACCACGUGGUGUCUAUACGACAGGUCGUGGUUCGAGUGGUGUCGGUCUCACCGCUGCAGUCAUGAGAGAUCCCGUGACAGACGAAAUGGUGCUGGAAGGUGGUGCUCUUGUGCUUGCAGACAACGGCAUGUGCUGUAUCGAUGAGUUCGACAAGAUGGACGACGCCGACAGAACAGCCAUUCACGAAGUCAUGGAACAGCAGACCAUCUCCAUCUCAAAGGCCGGUAUCACAACAACACUCAACGCCCGUACUUCGAUUUUGGCAGCUGCCAACCCGCUGUAUGGCCGUUACAACCCUCGCAUCUCACCCGUAGAGAACAUCAACCUGCCAGCCGCAUUGUUGAGUAGAUUCGAUAUCCUCUUCCUCAUCCUCGACACUCCCUCGCGCGACGCCGAUGAAGACUUGGCUCGUCAUGUAACUCAUGUUCACAUUCACAACGCUCAUCCCGAACCUGCAGGUGGCGGCUUGAUCUUCUCGCCGAACGAGGUUCGCCAAUGGGUAGCCCGCGCUCGUUCCUUCAGACCCACAAUUCCUAAGGCCGUCUCCGACUACCUUGUAGGCGCAUACGUGCGUCUGCGUCAACAGCAAAAGCGUGACGAGUCAGCCAAGAAGACUUUCACCCACACAUCACCACGUACACUGCUUGGUGUGAUGCGUCUGUCACAAGCUCUCGCUCGUCUGCGUUUCGCAGAAGAGGUCAUUACCGAUGAUGUAGAUGAGGCAUUGCGUCUCACCGAAGUCAGCAAGGCCUCGCUCUACGAUGACGACCGCUCGCGCCGCGGUGACAUGAGCGUCAGCAGUCGCAUCUUCAACCUCGUGCGCGGUAUGCGUGAGAGUGGUGCCGCUGCUACUGGCGAAGGUCGUGGCGAGCUCGAUCUCCGCCGUGUGCGUGAACGUGUCCUUGCCAAGGGCUUUACUUUGCAGCAACUCGAGUCUUGUCUUGACGAGUAUUCUGAUCUUGAUAUUUGGCAAACUGCUGCAGAAGGCACCAGACUCGUCUUCAUCGAAGCUGGCGACGAUAUGGAUGAUGAAGAGUAA